CUAGCGGAGGAAGGCUUCCGCGACGAGGAAGAGGACGCAGCUCGCGCCAUGGAGCGGGAGGAGGCGGGGGCGGCAGUCGGCUCGUGGGGUGCGCCGGUGCCUGAGGAGCCUGGCCGCCUCCCUUGGUUUACCGUGUUUUAAGGAACAACCAGUUGCUCAGAGAUGAUAAGCAGCUUGAAUAUGUUUGUAUUUCUUUGCAUAUUGUGCAUCAGUUCAUGAUCAAGUGGUGCCAGCAGGAAGUUCUUCAUCCAGGGUUAUAAUACACAUGGAUCUGGAUUGCUUUUACGCACAAGUAGAAAUGAUCUCAAAUCCGGAACUAAAGGGCAAACCUUUAGGGGUGCAGCAGAAAUAUUUGGUGGUUACCUGUAACUAUGAAGCAAGGGAACUUGGAGUUAAGAAGCUUAUGAAUGUUAGAGAUGCAAAAGAAAAGUGUCCACAGCUGGUAUUAGUUAAUGGAGAAGACUUGACUCGUUACAGGGAGAUGUCAUAUAAGGUUACAGAGUUGUUGGAAGAAUUUAGUCCACUUGUUGAGAGACUUGGAUUUGAUGAAAAUUUUGUGGAUCUAACAGAAAUGGUUGAAAAGAGACUACAGCACCUUCACAGUGAUGAACUUUCAGCGCUGACCGUGUCGGGUCACGUAUACAAUAAUCAGUCUAUAAACCUGCAUGACACCUUGCACCUCAGACUACUUGUUGGAUCUCAGAUUGCAGCAGAGAUGCGAGAAGCCAUGUAUAAUCAGCUGGGUCUCACUGGCUGUGCUGGAGUGGCUUCUAAUAAAUUAUUGGCAAAAUUAGUUUCUGGAGUCUUUAAACCAAAUCAACAAACAGUCUUAUUACCUGAAAGUUCUCAAGAUCUCAUUCAUAGUUUGAACCACAUAAAAGAAAUGCCUGGUAUUGGCUAUAAAACUACCAAACGUCUUGAAGCCUUGGGUGUCAGUAGUGUGCAUGAUCUUCAAACCUUUCCAUCCAAAAUAUUAGAAAAGGAAUUAGGAAUCUCAGUUGCUCAGCGUAUUCAGAAGCUCAGUUUUGGAGAGGAUAACUCUCCUGUAACACCCUCUGGACUACCUCAGUCCUUUAGUGAAGAAGACUCGUUUAAAAAAUGUUCAUCAGAAGUCGAAGCUAAAAAUAAGAUCGAAGAGUUACUUGCUAGUCUUUUGAACAGAGUAUGCCAAGAUGGAAGGAAGCCACAUACAGUAAGAUUAAUAAUCCGUCGGUAUUCAUCUGAGAAGCACUGUGGCCGUGAGAGCCGUCAGUGCCCUAUUCCAUCCCACGUAAUUCACAAGUUAGGGACAGGAAAUUAUGAUGUGAUGACACCAAUGGUUGAUUUACUUAUGAAACUUUUUCGAAAUAUGGUGAAUGUGAAGAUGCCAUUUCAUCUAACCCUUUUAAGUGUGUGCUUCUGCAAUCUCAAAGCACUAAAUACUACUAAGAAAGGGACUAUUGAUUAUUAUUUAACACCAUCAUUAUCAACAACUUCACACUCUGGCAAGCGCAGUUUUAAAAUGAAAGACACUUAUAUGGAGGAUUUUUCCAAAGACAAAGAGACAAGUUGGGAUUUCCUACCAACUGGAAGAAUUGAAAGUACAAGAACUGGGGAGUCUCCACUAGAUACUAUAAGUUUUUCUAAAGAAAAGGACAGUGAUGAAUUCCCACUCUGCUCACUUCCUGAGGGUAUUGACCAAGAGGUUUUUAAGCAGCUUCCAGUAGAUAUUCAAGAAGAAAUACUUUCUGGAAAAUCUGGACAAAAAAUUCAAGGGAAAGGAAGUUUGGGUUGUUCAUUACAUGCCUCGAGAGGAGUAUUGUCUUUCUUUUCUACAAAACAAAUGCAGGGUAGUCCCUUAAAUCCUAGAGAUCAUUUGUCCAAUAGCAAACAGAUACUCUCUGUAUCUCCCUGUGAACCAGGAACAUCAGGCUUAAAUAGCAGUCGUUCCUCUUAUUUGUCUAGCCAAAAGGAUUAUUCACAUUAUUUGGACAGUAGAUUAAAAGAUGAACGAAUGAAUCAAGGACCUAAAGAAUCCCAAGGAUUCCACUCUUCUAAUACAAACCCUGAUGUAUCUAUUUUCCAUUCAUCUCCAAAUUUACAGAGUGAGCAACUUUUCUCCAAAAACCACACUACAGAUAACCACAAGAAACUAAUAGCAACAGUUUCUCAUCAUGAAAGACUUGCAGAAAAUGGAGAGCAGGAUUCUACUGAUGAGAAAAUUACUUUUCCUUCCAACGUUGACCCUGAAGUUUUCUAUGAACUACCGGAAGAGGUACAAAAAGAACUGUUGGCUGAUUGGAAGAGGACAGGGUCAGAUUUCCACACUGGACAUAAAUGAGCAUAUUCAGGAAAAAAAGGUCUGAAAAGCAAGGGAAAGACCAUUGUUCUCAGAUUAGCAGUUUAUUAAACUCUUCUAAAUUAAACACUAGUAGAUAUUCAAUAAUGUAGAAAUACAACACGAAGUGUUCCAAAUAAAACAAGAAUAGUUAUGAGAAGUAAAUUCUGGCACAAAGUAUAAAAAAUUCAUAACAGAAGACAUAAUGUAAAAUAUUACCUUCCUCUUGUUUCUAAAACUAUGUUGUUUUUCAAUAAAAAGAAUAUGGUCAGCAUUAGUACAUUUUCCAUAAAUUGAGGGGGAAGAUAUAUAUGCCUGCACAUAAAAAAUAGACUAGCCAAAUCAUUGCUAUGCUAUAGCAAGAACUUUUUUUUUCUGUGAAAUAUGGAAUGGCUCAAGAAAUUCAGCCCAUUAGGAAACAACCAAAUAAGAAAUUCUACUGCCAACUCACCUAUUAAAAAUUUAGAUAUCUUUGACUGAAGUACUAUGUACCAUUUAAUAAGUUGAUUUUUUAAAUACCAUAGGGAUGUAUAUUCAAUUAAUGCCUCUUAUUGUACCUAGAACCUACCACAAUGCCUGCCACAAAGAGUGCACUCAAUAAAUACUGAAUAAAUGAAUUGUGUGGCAGGGGCCAGGUGAGGAGUGGGCAGGGAGGGGAGUGUACGUAUCACAGAACUAGAAGGAACUCUCCAUGCAGGUAGAUUAAGGGAAGGGUGAGAGUGCAAGGUGGGGGGUCUGUAAGAAUGCAAAAUAGUGGAAAAAGUCCCUUCUGGCCAGUCUGUAGGGUCUAAAAGCAAUGGGUUAGAUGUUUUUGCAUCUUUUCUACAUUUUUGGAGAUGAGAUUAAGGAUGUCAUACCCACAACAAAUAUACAGUUAUUAAAUUAAUGGGACUCCUCUUUCUCUUCCAUUGUAAUUGCCUCCCAUAUAAGAAUGUGGGCAUCUUAUAAUUUGUAAGACUUAGAGGAUGUUUCUGGAACCCACCAAAGUAUCCCUCAGCACUGGUUUGGAGAAGUCUUGUUCUCAAGUUUAUGACCUUUGCAGAUACAGUCUAAAGAAAAGAUGAUAAAAAUAAAGUACACAAACGUGAAUAAAGAAUAGCUUAAAAAUGCUUUCUUCUAGGUAAGAAGUUUUAACUUAGUUUUAGAUAACUUGAAAUUUGAAAAUUUGCUAACUACCAAGGAUUUUUAACAGGAAGUUUGGGGUUAUCAAAAACAAUAACUUGGAGCAAAAACAUCAGAACUUAAUCAUGCGGAUAGUUAGUGCUGUGGAUCAAGAACUAUAGAAUUUUCUACAUAUAGUAUUCUGAUAUGGUAGUCAAACUCAUAAAAGGAAUAUACUACAUUUUUACAUAAUUCAUUAAAAAAUUUUUCAGUACUUCUAAUUAUUUCAGCUAGAAAUCAUUGGACACCUGGAAAUGUUUAAAGGGUUCAGAAAAGUAAGAAAGUAAACAGUUUUGGCCAGUUUAAAGCGAGAAUGUAAAAUAAUACUUUGUGAAAUGAGAAUGCAAGAAUAAAUAGCUUGCUAUUUAUUCUGUGACCUUAGUCUUUCAACAUUUUUGUGCCUCAGCCUCUGACUUUUUAGGUUAUCUUUUAUCUGUGUAUGCUUUUAAUAAACUUUUCUCUUUGGUGUU